CAGUUUUUCCCAUCAUCCUUUAUUCUACAAUAGACAUACUCGCAUACAACAGUGAAAAUGAACUAACUGGAUUCGCCCUUUAUAUACACUGCCACUGAAAGCUUGAAAGUUUUUGAACAUAUAUUAUUUGUGUUAUCGAUUCGCACUUCUAAAUUAAAUGACUGGAUACAUAAAAUGUAAAUGUCAAAUAAUUACUUCCCUUGUGUGUACAAGGUACACAUGGAGCAUCCUGAUUGUAAUAAAUACAAGUAAUAGCUUUUCAAAAAAACGCUAGCCGUCUCUUAGCUGAUGAAAAUGGAAAGUGUUCUCGCUUUGUAGAUUAAUUCAUUCAGAAUAGUCUUGCAUAUCAAUCAACAAAUUUUACCACUCACGUGAGGUCACACGUUAUGAAGUAGUAUAUCGUUUAACGUUGUGUGUGUUUACAAAACUCCAGAAGAUUCGGCUAUUUAUAGAUAAAAGUUACCUGUGUACCAAUCUCAUGAAUAUGCAUGAUUAAUGACCAGGCAAAAUCUAAUUGCUAAAAUAGAGAGGACAAAUCCGAUACUCUACGGGAUUGAAAGACAUUUACUAGGUUUGGAUUGUCCUAACCAAUCAACAAACUUUGAUUAUUCACGUCUCGUAAUAUCUUCCAAUCAGGUAGUAAGAGGCGUUCACGCACUGACUGUCCAUCGUUCAAUUCUUAAUAACGUCUCCAAGGAGACGUUAAUAAUGCGUGCUAAUCUAUUGACAACACGGAAAACAGUCUUUUGUAUUUAAGAUAUGAGGAAAGGGGAAGUGGAUGGUUGUUGGGGAUGGAUGAUAGUAGCAGCCGCUGCCUUAAACAGAAUAGUGAUAUAUGGGAUAUCAUACUCAGCUGGUGUGGUUUAUGUUGUCAUCCUGGAAGUUUUUAACGAAGGGAGCGGGAUAACAUCAUGGCUAUCUUCACUCAUCACUGCCGUUUUAUUUUUCACCUGUCCAUUAUCUGGAUAUUUGAUUGAAAGAUACGACGAACGAAAGGUUGCCAUUGCUGGAAGUCUGAUUGCAGCUAUUGGCAUGACGUCAUCUGCUUUUGUCAGUUCCGUUCCCGCUCUCAUUCUGACUUACGGCAUAAUUUCAGGCAUAGGAUGCGGAAUAGCGUUUAUGCCAGGAAGUGUAGCAGUGGCUAAAUACUUCAAAAACCAUCGACCACUGGCAAUGGCGAUAUCAUCUGCAGGUGGCGGAAUAGGUAUUUUUGCAUUCCCACCGAUUAUUGAAAUGUUAAAUGAAUAUUAUACAUGGCGUGGUAUGUUUUUGAUUCUUGGUGGAAUAACUCUCAAUAUAUGUGUAUUUGGAUUAUUAAUCCGCCCUUUGACAAAAGAGGUCAGCUUAGAACAAAAGUCACAAGAGAAUGGAUAUUCUUCGGACAAAUCAGAAUAUAACAAGUUACAACAGAGCAGUGUUCGCAAGAAUCUCGAGACAGUACAAUUAAAUGGAGAAAGUGAAAACUUCAAACAAGUGGAAUAG